GGCAAGGCUGUUCAGCCAAUGCGCAAGGCUUUUGCUGGGGCUGGGCUGCUGGGGGCUUUCUCCUUUUUCUCAAGGGGGGAAAAGGAAAAGAAAAGUGAAAAGUGAAGGCAAGGCUGGCUUUCCCCUCUCCUACUCUCUUACUGAGCCAGAAGCAAGAAGGAAAGCCUCCAGAGUCUUCCUAGCUGUGGAUCCGGGAGGCGGCCGGAGAUCUGGCAACGCAGCAGCACUGAGCUGUGAGAGCUCUCCAAAACCGAGCCAAGAUGUCCCAGCUGUCUGUCAAAGAACAUCUGGAUGGGAUACUUUCUGACUUCGAAGCUCUAAAAAGGUCCUUUGAUGUAGAAGAUGGAGAAGAGGAAGCUGCAUUCCCUGCUUCAUCUCCACCUAGAUCUCCCCUGGGCCCAAACCCGCCUGGCAUCCUCCUAGCCCCUGGCAAUGGAGAGGGAAGAAGAGUGGGAGGCCCAAUUCUGCCCUCCUACCAGAACCUCAUCAGCCUCAGCUCCAGCUCCAGCCCAACUCAGAGUCCCAUCCUCAAGACAAGGAUCAGCAGUAGCCUCUCUUUCAACCGGGGCACCAUGCAUCCACCCCGAGCCAAUGGGACCAACCUCACUAGGGUCUCCUCCUUCCAAACCCGUCUCAACCCCAAUGGGUUCUCUUCCUCCUUGGGGCCCGGAAGUGACAACGAGAGCCUCCACAGCUCUUCGUCCAGCUUGGAGUGCCCAACACCCAUCAAAGGCCCUCAAAAUGCCGUCCGGCAGUCUGAGUCCCCCGCGCCUGCCGCCUCCCAGCUCUCCAGUCACAUCCUGAAGAAGUUCUCCUCCCAUGGUAAUGUCUUUCAUGCUGAGGUGGAUCAACCCAUCCAGGAGGUCUCCAAGGCCGCUGUGAAUCACAGUUCAUUGCCAUCCCUCGACCUGCACAUUGCUGAAGAUCAGGGACCCAACCUCCCUCUUUGCUCUGCCCCAAACUUUGAUCCCACUGCCAUGCGAAGCUGCAGGGACCGGAACUGCAUCUCGCCUCUGCCAAAGAACAACACGUUCAUGAGAAAGGAGGCCUUCAUUCCAACUGGGCAGGUGGGUCAGUUGGCAAACAAGACUCCUUCUGCUCCAGCCUCCAGACAGACGAAGUUGCAGAAAUUUCCCAUCAGUCUUGACGGGUUGAUUGGGAAGCCUCCCGAGUGUGCCUUCCCAAUGGCACCAAAGACUGACCCUGCACCCAAACCUUUGUCUAAGGCAGAGCUCCAGGUCAACCUGGGCACCAAUCUUGGCUUGUCCCAGAAACACCCAGAAAUAACCAAGGAAGAUAAAACUGUUAUUGGGAGCAGUGUUUCCCUGCCACUGUCUUCUGGAAACCUCCCAGGAGCAGCCAAUAGUGAGAGUUUGGCAUCUCCUUUCCAGCUUGUGCCACACCUUCAGAUGCCACAAGUCACUUCCCAGCCAUCUUCUCAUGGAUACCCAUCGACAGAGCCUCCGCAAAGGGAGCCAUCAAGCCCAAAAGAAAGCAGCUAUGUGCCAACUGAGAGGAUCAACUCUUUUCUCUGUCAAGAGGUCUCCAAGCUUCAAGCUCUGGUACCACCUUCUUGCCCAAGGAAAGAUUCCCUCACAGGAACAAACAGAGCUCUGGAGGUUUCCUCUGAGAAGAAAGAACCUCGAGGCAAGGAUCUGCCGAAUGAAGAACAGAGCUCCCUGCAGCCGACAUUCAGCAUGGAGGAGCAGCCACCUCGAGAACAACUUUCCCGGGAUGUCCCUUCUCCCCUCGGCACGGGGGACCGGAAGCUCUUUGGUUACGUGGGGAUUGAGGCCGUCCUGGACCAGAUGCGGAUCAAGACCAUGAAGACGGGAUUUGAGUUCAACAUCAUGGUUGUAGGACAGAGCGGCCUUGGAAAGUCCACCAUGGUGAACACACUCUUCAAAUCCAAAGUCAGCCGGAAAACAACAUGCCCCGGAUAUGAGGAGCGCAUCCCCAAGACUGUGCACUUGCUCUCUGUCACCCAUGUUGUCGAAGAGAAGGGAGUGAAGAUGAAGUUGACGGUGACCGACACACCAGGAUUUGGGGAUCAGAUUAACAAUCAAAACUGCUGGGAACCAAUAAUUGAAUAUAUCAAUGACCAGUAUGAGCGCUACUUAAGAGAGGAGGUCCUCAUCAGCCGCAAACGGAAAAUCCCCGACACCCGAGUCCAUGCCUGCGUGUAUUUUGUGCCACCCACCGGUCACUGGCUGCGUCCCUUGGACCUGGAAUUCAUGAGGCGGCUCAGCAAGAUCACCAAUGUGGUGCCCGUGAUUGCCAAAGCCGAUACCCUCACCCUAGAGGAACGGGCAGAAUUCAAACAGAGGAUUCAGAAAGACUUGAAGGCCCACGGAAUCCAUGUUUACCCCCAGGUGGACUUUGAUGACGACCCAGAUGACCGGCUUCUGAAUGACAAAAUCCGGGAGAAAAUCCCCUUUGCCGUGGUUGGAGCAGACAAGGAGCAUCAGGUGAACGGCAAGAAAGUGUUGGGCCGCAAAACCAAGUGGGGGGUCAUUGAAGUGGAAAACCCUGCCCACUGUGAGUUUCCUUUGCUGCGGGAUCUCUUAAUCAGGUCUCACCUGCAGGACCUCAAAGACAUCACUCACAACGUGCAUUAUGAGCAGUACCGCAUGCGGCGUCUCAAUGGAAGCAACCUGCCAGCCAAGGACGGCGAGUGCCUGGCACUGAGUUCAGUCAACGGAGAGCCGGAGAGUCACCUUUGAGCUGCAGGGACAGCGUCGCCUCUCCUGUCCCAUCCGUCCCAACCCCAGCUUCACUGACCCAUUCCCCAGUGGCUUCCGCAGACUGAUUUCUCCUUCCUGCUCCUUCUUCAGCAAUCAGCCAGAACAGGUUUUCUGAAAGACAUCUUAUCCCUGGCCCCAGUCUCCUCUGAUCAGAAGUUCCACCUCUGACUUUGAAAUCCCAACAUUGUUGUUGGGCAUCUACAUAUCCUUGCAGCUUGUUGUUGGGCAUCUGUUAUCCUUACUGCUUCACACCUCAGAAACAGUGCAGCUGCCUGCUGGAUUUUUCUAGCCCUGGUCUCAGCUUCUCAACCAAGAAGACCUCUCUCCUAUCUAACUGGGCCUUCCCGACUCCAUAGCUAAGAUAUCUGUCUUGGCCGAUCCCACUCACUGAUACAAUGAGCCCAACUUUUGCCAUUGACUACCUUUCUCUCAUGUUCCUCCCUUUGUCUAAUGUUGGUGGCAACCGUACUGUUCUUCUUUGGUGCGUCUUGGCUGGAGAUGGAGGCUGAGAGCCACCGAAGGAUCGGUAUUGCAUGAAAAGGUUAAACCCAUAACCUCUGAGAGUGAGGAGGGAACCCCAUCCUUGUUUGAAACUCCUCCAGGAUGGGAUUGUAGCCACCAUCGGAGUCACAGGCGUCAGCAAAGACAGUCCCAGUACUCUUGUUCAGUUUGGACCAGGACUACUUGCUGUUUGUAAGGAUUCAGGAUGGAGAGGAGUGGUGUGAAGGCUUCUCUGUCAGCAAUGAGCAAGCCAGAAUUGGUCUAAGCUGCCUUCUUGUCUGGCGCAAAUCUCCCUUUGGGUGUUUCUUGACCCACAGAGAGCGGAGAGGGCUGGGAUUUUGGAGAAGACCUCUCCCGGCUGAUCCCCGAUGAUGCCAGAGCAGAAGGGGAAAGCUCACCAUUUCGCAGAAGCCAACCAGCCUCAUCCUUCUGUCAGGUUGCAUUUUAUACUCCUGGGCAAAGAGGUUGUGAGUCUCCAGUUUACACAUUAAAGAACGACUCUGAAGAGUCCUAUGCGGGCCUACAUUGUGAUCUUUCAAUCUUCUCAAAGGUCUCUUGGGCCUGAUCCCCACUACCUUUUAAACCGGAUCGCAAAUCCAGUUCAAAUGACCCUGGGACCCACUUAAA